ACUAAUCAAGUUGGUAUUAAAUUAACUUUGUAAAAAUUUUUUUAAAAAUUAAAAAUCACUUUAAAUUAAUUAACAUGUCCAAAUUUGUAUCAAUUGCAAUUGCAUUGCUAACAGUUAGCAUUAUUGAAUGCAAAGUUGAUGUAAAAUUUGCACCCUAUUUCUACGUACAAAAUGGCAUCGAUUUGGCUAAUGUUAAACAACAGACAGGCAUACAGGGCCUGACACUGGCCUUUGCAUUGGCACAGUGGGGCUCAUGUACCCCAAGCUUUGAUGCCGGUCCAGUUGACAGCCCGGCCCUAGUCCAACAGUUCAACAAUUUUCGCAACUCAGGCGGUCAGAUUAUACUGUCCACCGGAGGAGCUGCCGGUACCUAUUUGGACAAUGUGUGCGGUAAUGCCGAUAAUUUGGCCAAUGCCUACAUCAAGGCUAUCAAGUCGACCGGUGCCGUUGGUCUGGAUCUCGAUAUUGAAGAGGACAUACCCUACGAUAUAGUGAUGCAAGCGGUAAAAAAAGUUCAACAACAGACCGGCGUUACCGUCAGCAUCACUGUUGCCUCCGAUGAAAAUGGUCUGGGAGCCCGAGCCAAAUUGGCCAUAGAGGCAGCAAAACGUGCCGGCACUACUAUCGAUCUGGUCAACCCGAUGGCCAUGGAUUUCCCGAAAUCGCCAAACUCUCCGACCUAUGGCCAGGCAGUGGUCAACUGUGCCGAAGCAGUCAAACGUCAACUUCAACAAUAUUGGCCCCAGAAAUCGUCGGCCCAAUUGUAUGGCAUGUUAGGCGUUACACCAAUGAUCGGUGUCAAUGAUUGUUGCGGUGCACUGUUCACACUCAACGAUGCCCAACAACUGCUACAGUAUGCCCGUACCAAUCGUAUUGGUCGUAUAGGCUUCUGGAGCCUGAAUCGUGACCAACAGUGUCCGGGCGGUAGUCAACAAUUAUCGGCUACCUGUUCCGGUGUACAACAAUCUAGCUAUCAAUUUGCCAAAACUUUAGCGCAGUUUAAAUAAAUAAAUAAAAAUAUUAUUGUUUGUUAAACUAAUUAUAUUAUUAGAAAAUAAUGAUAUAUCAAUAAUACUAGUUGUUAU